GGAACAUCAACAAGGAGAGAAACAAGAAGAAGAGAUAUGGAGGGAGUAGAGCACAGAACAGUCAAAGUCAACGGCAUCAACAUGCACGUAGCCGAGAAAGGCCAAGGCCCGGUGGUCCUAUUCCUCCACGGCUUCCCGGAGCUCUGGUACUCAUGGAGGCACCAAAUCCAGACCCUGGCCUUGCUCGGCUACCGAGCCGUGGCGCUAUUGGACGCCGUCGCCGGCGACCAGGAGAAGGUGUUCGUGGUCGGGCACGACUGGGGGGCAAUCAUGGCUUGGUAUCUCUGCCUGUUUCGGCCGGACCGAGUCAAGGCUCUGGUCAACUUGAGCGUGCAAUUCAUUCCUAGAAAUCCUCAGAUGAAGUUUGUUGAAUCCAUGAAAGCUGCUUAUGGGGACGACUAUUAUAUGUGCAGAUUUCAGGAGCCUGGAGAGAUAGAAGCCGAGUUCGCCCAAAUUGGUACUGCAAGAGUUAUUAGGGAAUUCUUGACCUUUCGCCACCCUGGUCCGCUUUUCCUCCCUAAAGGUAAACUCUUUGGACAUCCCCCAGAUGCUCCGAUCCCCUUGCCAAGUUGGUUGUCUGAGGAUGAUGUUAACUACUACGUUAGCAAAUUUGAGAAGAAGGGCUUCACUGGUGGCAUAAACUACUACCGAAACCUUGACCGAAAUUGGGAACUCCUUGCACCCUGGACUGGCGCUCAAGUGAAAGUUCCAGUUAAGUUCAUUGUGGGAGACCAAGACCUAGUUUAUAAUUCUCUUGGCGCCAAGGAUUUCAUACACAAUGGCGGGUUCAAGAAAUAUGUGCCGUUCUUGGAAGAGGUGGUUGUAAUGGAAGGAGUUGCCCAUUAUAACAACCAAGAAAAGGCCGAUGAAAUCAGUGAACACAUUCACGACUUCAUCAAGAAAUUCGAGUAAUGCAUUGCAUCUCCCUGUGUAUUGUGUUUCAGUUUGUUGUGUUCUUGUACCGCUGCUACCAGUGUUUAUGUUCUGUAUUCGAGUCUUGCCUGUCACUUUUGAUGGCUAGCUACUAGCAAGCUGUUGUGGUCAAUAAUCAUACCAGAAGCGACUUUCAUCGGUUCAUGUACUGUACUUCUCAAAUCUCAA